UAAAGAGACGGAUGCAAAAAGAUGCCAAGCUGGAGGAAAGGGAAACGCAUCGGCUACUGCCUGAACGACAAGAAGAAAAAGAAACUGAAUUUCCAGGGCUUUGAGGAUCUCUGCAGGAAACGAGGCUAUGAAGUCAUAGAGAUUGACUUGGCCAAACCCCUCUGUGAGCAGGGCCCCUUUGACGUCAUCAUCCACAAACUCUCCGACCUCAUCCUCGAGUCCGGCUAUGACAGCCAGUCUCACCAGCUCAUCCGCGACUUCCAGACCUAUGUGGAAACCUAUUCCAGCAUCAUCCUCCUUGACCCAUUUCCAGCUGUACGGCUGCUCCUGGACCGCUUCGAAUCCUGUCGCCUCCUCCGGGAACUUCAGGAUCAAGACAGCUGCAUCUUCUCCCCGCCCUACGUGGAGCUGAACAGCGGGACCGGGAGCGAGGCGGCGGCGCGGAUCCGGGAACAGGGCCUCACCUUCCCCUUAAUUUGCAAAACCCGGGUGGCUCACGGACCCAGCUCCCACGAGAUGGCGCUGAUCUUCAACGAGGAGGGGCUGGGGGAGGUGAGCGCCCCCUGUUUGCUACAGAGCUUCGUCAACCACGACGCCGUCCUCUUCAAGGUCUUUGUGGUAGGCUCCUCCCACUUUGUGGUGCGCCGGCCGUCCCUGAAGAACUUCCCGCGGGGGGAAUCAGCCAGGAAAAGCAUCUUCUUCAACAGCCACAGCGUCUCCAAGCCGGAGUCCUGCUCCCGCCUGACCGAGCUGGAUGAAGCUACGCUGGAGCCCCCCCCGCCCUCCGACAGCGUCGUCUGCCGAGCCGUGCGGGGCCUGCGCUCCGCCCUGGGGCUCUCUCUGUUUGGGGUGGAUCUGAUCGUGGAGAAGCAGACGGGGCGGUGCGUGGCCAUAGACGUCAACGCCUUCCCAGGUUACGAAGGUGUCCCGGAGUUCUUCUCAGCCCUCCUGAACCACAUUGAGAUGCUGUUGGAGAGCCAUGAGCAGGCGGCACGGGCCAGGGUGCUUGUGGCGGAGUAUUCCCUGCACCAGCGGGCGCCACACGUGCACACGGCCCAGGAGAGCACCCACGACACCGACCCGAGAGCCCCUUGGCUGGCCAAUUCCCUCGAGACGCCCAAGUCGGCACCAGCCGAGAGCAGCUUCUUCACCUUCGCCGUCCUGCCAGCCAUGCUCUCCCAGCACUGACGGGGGUGCUGCGCUCGGCUGGCCUCUCCGAGGGAGCAGGGAAGCGCUGGGUGUCCAAAGAGAGCAGAAGCGUCGUCGUACCUAUCCCAGCGGGGAAAAUUCCCAAACAGCCAGCAGCUGGAGCCCUCCCCUGGGAGAUCAGAGCACUGGGCCUUAUACUGUGGCAUCCUCAUCUCUUGCCGUAUGGACCAGCCCAUCAGUCCAUAUAGUGCAGAACUGCACCUCCCUGCUUGGACCAGACCAGACCACCGGUCCAUACAGUCCAGUAUUGCACCUCCCUUCCUGUAUGGCCCAGCUCAGAUCACCGGUCCCAUAAGUGCAGCAGUGAACCUCCCUGCUUGGGCCAGAUCAGAUCAGAGGUCCAUAUAGUCCAGUAUUGCACCUUCCUGCAUGGACCAGCUCAGAUCACUGGUCCAUAUAGUCCAGUACUGCACCUUCCUGCAUGGACCAGCUCAGAUCACUGGUCCAUAUAGUCCAGUACUGCCCCUCCCUGCUUGGAUCAGCGCAGUGUUCCAUACAGUGCAGUCUCUUACCUCCCUGUCUGGAUCAGACCAGAGCCCUAGGCCCAAUCCAGCUCAGGUCACCGGUCCAUAUAGUGCAGUACUGCACCUCCCUGCUUGGACCCGACCAGACCAGACACUAUGGGUCUGUAUAGCCCAGGCUCUUCGCCUCCAGCACUCAGUAAACCAUACCCUCAUAAUGCACCGCAUCGCAGAUAAGGACUGACUCCCCCUGGACUGUUUCAAAUCCACCA